GGCAAGUUUGUUUUUUCUUCCUCGAGGGAAUUAAUUAACAUGGAAGGUUUGAUUCCAUAUCUUAUUGAUGUCAUCAAGAAGCAACAUCACAAGUCUCCCGCCACCACCAGAACCUAUCGCCGUAGCUUCUCUCACUCCGACAGCUCUAACGACCGCAGCUACCACCUGCUCCUCGGAUCAUCCGAUUCCUUUGGCGGGUCCUCCCACCGCAGGACCCGCUCCGACCUCCCGCCGUCCGUGGCUGCCACAGCCGCAGAGUUCUCAGAGUACCGGUAUGGUAAGGAUGGGUUUCUGGUCAGCCCCCGAGACCCUCCUUCUUUCCUUUCUGCUGCAUCUCCCGCUGCAAAAUCUGCAGCUUCCUCUCACGCGUCACAAGUUUCUCGUCGUAAUUCCAACAACAUUCGGAAGUACUGAGGAUUUCAUCGCAUAAUGUCCAUGGAAACACAUGCAAGUUUGACUUUUUUUUUUUUUUUUUUGGGUUUCUGGGGUUUUAAUUUAUUUUAUAUAUGGGUUUGUCUUAAUUUGUUUGUUUAGCAUGGUCAUUCAUCAUCUUCACUAAUCACGAUUGAUUGGGUAACCAUGUCAUUAAUUCAUUUGUAUUUUAUAAUUGUAAUGAGAAGGUGUAUAUUUGACAA